CUCGUAAUUUUCUCGAUAUUCCCACUAAUAUACAUUGCAUUCUUAUUGCUAAUUAUCACCAGCGCCAUUUCCCGUACCCAAGCUUCCCAAGUCAUUCAAACUCAAUCCAACAUCCUGCCAUUUAUAAUGAAGACCUUUGUUCUUGCCGCUGUCGCCACCGUUGCCGCCGCCGCCAAUUCUAUCCCCUUCCCCUCACAGACUCUCAACUCAGUUCAGGCCGAAGCCAUAGCUUCGCUUAGCGCUGCUCAGGCUUCACUGAAUGCAGUGAACUCACACCAUGUUGCUGAUAACAAGGCGUCGCAGGCCGCUGCCAUCCACAGCCAGAGCGUUUUCAACCACAACCUUGGCACCAGCAGCGAGGAUCUGAGCGACCUCGGCGACCUCGAUUAUGAGAGCAUGAGCGGAAGCUACGUCCACGAGCAGUCGUCCACCAGCUCUGCCUCCUCGGUCGCUGGAUCCAUGCUUGCGCUUGCGCUCAUGGCUGGUGUUGCCAUGUUCUAAGCGUCAAAGCGCCAAUGUCUACUUUUAAGUUUCUAGCCAGCUUGCUAGCAUUUAUUUAAUACUUUUUCGACAAACAUUUUUUAUUUCCUCUCUGUUGUGAGGGUUUGCGUGUUUAAUAAAUUUCGUAAACAAUUAUUUUUAGAAA